ACACAACGACUCAAAAUUGAAAACACCUGUUGCUAAUGCUGUGACCACAUGUAUAAAAGCAAGUUCAGAGUGCACAGUUUGCUGAAGAUUCCAAACAAACACAAUGGAUGAAGGCAGAGUCAGGGGAAGAGGUAAUCGCGUCAGAGGAGGGAGAAGAGCUGGCCAAGGAGGAAGAGGAGCAGGCCAGGGAGGAAGAGGAGCAGGCCAGGGAGGAAGAGGAGCAGGCCAACAAGGGAGAGAAGGUCCAGGAGGGAGAGCAAGACAACCUCGUACCAUCAUUACGGACGAGAUGCGAGCAACAGUCAUUGACCAUGUCAUUGUCCAUGGCAUGACAAUAGCUGAAGCAGGACUAAGAGUCCGUCCAAACCGGAGUAGGUUCACCGUGGCCACCAUUAUCAGGGCAUUCAGACAACACAACAGAGUUGAAAGAAUGCCACAUAGAGGUGGGCGGGUUGCCAUAUUUACAGCGGCACAAGAAACCCCCAUUGUGGAUAUGGUUCGUGAGAACAACCUCAUCAGACUCCGGGAGAUCAGAGACAAAGUCAUUGACGAUAAUGUGAACUUUGAGGGCAUUGAUGAUGUCAGCUUGGCCAUAAUAGACCGAGUUCUCCGGUGCCAAAAGAUGCAGAUGAAACAAGUCUAUAGGGUUCCCUUUGAGCGAAACUCUGCACGACACAAAGACCUACGUUACGAGUAUGUGCAAGUAAGUAUACAUCCAUGUUCACAGUACAGUUAGUAAACAUACUGUGUUGCUCAGUGGCCUACAUUACUUCUGGACAAUACAGUAAUAUGCUACCUGAUUGACUGUUGUUCUGAACACCUGUGCACUUUCACAAUUUCACAGAGGAUAUUACAGUUGGACACGAUGGCCAGACCUCAUGAGUACCUCUUCCUGGAUGAGGCUGGCUUCAACCUGCACAAACGAAGGCAAAGAGGCCGUAACAUCAUUGGCCAAAGAG